AAAGCGUUUAUCACAUGCUGAACAAGUACUUGCUCUACUUCCUUCAGUCCAACAUGAACUCCUUGUGCUUGAAAGCUUGUAGUUGUUUUGUCUUUUAACCCGCAAGCAACAAUCUUUUUAAACUUUUCCAAAUCAGUAGACACAUUAAGAGCUAAUCCAUGGCUUGUAAUAUUCCUUCGUAAAUGAAUCCCAAUAGCUGCAAUCUUUUCGUCAUCUGUUAACCAAACUCCAGUGUGUUCAUUCGUGUGUGCCGUCUUCAUUCCAAAGUGUCUACAGGUCUGAAUAAUCGCUUCUUCGAGUUUAGAAACAUAUUUUCGUGGAUUCAAGUGUAAUGCGUUCAGAUCUAAAAUUGGAUAUACAAGUAACUGGCCAGGACCAUGAUAUGUAGUUUGACCUCCUCUUAGUGCUUUGAUGACUUUGACUCCAUCAAUGGUGUCGUCUGUACCGGUUUUUGUAUCUCUUCUACCCAUAGUAUAGACUGGACAAACUUGAGCUGUAAGGAUGGUAGGUCGUGGAGGAAAUUGAAGCUUUUCCGCUUUAAAAUCUAACCAUUUUUGAACAAAUCGAUGUUGACAUUCACCAAGACGAAGAUAAUCAACCUUUGGAAAUCUUGAAGUGAGAAACGAAAUAUGCUGAAACCCAGAUUUAUCAAUACGCAUAGGGAAUUAUAAUUAUAACAGUAGACUUUCUAUUUUAGUAACCCUGAAAUAGUACCCUCAGGCUUUUUCAUUUAAUGACUGCAGUACAGGAGACACCACGGUGUCUUCGGGAACAAGACGCAUAGAAAUUUCAAAUUUCGAGAAGCAGUUAGAUUCAAGAUCUACUGAACAAAUCGACCAAGAAUAUAUUGCGAUUAUCAUUGAUGUUAAUUUUGUAAUGGAAUUUGUAUUAUGGUUUGCAUAUUGUUGAGCAGAACAUAAAGAUGAUUGAAACAGAGAUUAAAACAGCUAGUACCUUUGAGGAACACUCAUUAAGAAGAAUUGAAAAUAUUAUUAGUAUUAUUAUCGAUCCAUCAAUACUUAUUUUAAGUAAAAGGCUUCGUGGAACAGUCUCAUCUUCUGUUGGUAUGAGCUUGAUAUUCUAAAUGAAUCCACGAUAAUUCAUACUUGAAGGCUAUGUGAUUUCGAUGUUGAUAUAUGAUGCUCAAUUUGCUUAAAACAUUUCAGUCCAUCUUUCGAGACUAACUUAUGAAGAUUCAAACAGUCUUCCUUUCUAAGAGCAUAAGAAGAAACACUUAUAGUCUCAAGAAAGGCAAAGGAACGAUUCUGAUGUUUUCCAAUCUACCUCUAAGUACUUGCUUUACUUUUACAUAUUAUUCAGAGACAGUAGAGCAUAUCGGUGUUGCAAUUGCACGGAUCUCACUUUUACUGCCUAAUAAGACCUACUGGUAUCAUAAACUUAUUUCUUUUUUUUAACGACAACCGCAUUACACAUGGAAGGGUUGUACUGAAGGAUGAAGAUGGUACCAAUCUUGCUUUUCUUAUGCUGCACAUUGUAGCAUAAGAAAUAAAACAUUUUCGUAACCCUUAUAAUGUUUCCGAAACUUGUUUGCUAUCCCUUUUGUUCUUUUCUUUUCUUUAUUUCAUUCUUAAAGACUAUUAUUGACCACGAAGGUAAUAGAAAUUAACUUUGUAUCUGUUAUUAUGUACCCGGCCAAUUUCAAUUUUUCGAGGUUUCUCUAACAAUUUGUUUGAACUUCUAUUUGAAAUAAUAGAAAGAGAAUCCUUACCAAAGAAUUUAAAGGGAAAAAAAAUAGCAUUGGCUUAAUUGUUUACUAACGAUUUUUUGUCUUCUCCUUAUUACCUUCAAAAUUCGAAAACUUUUUGGAAAUCAUAUAAAUAAAGCAAAAGCGUACAAAGGAGUCAUUAUAAUUUUUAUCUUUAUUUAAAAAAGUAAGUUCUAAUUACACGUAAAACCCUUGUUCAACAUCAUUUCUCUUCAUGAAGCAUAAAGCGAACAAAACGUCCAAACCAAGGAGUUCAAAACCUCGUUUGAGCCCAGAAGAUUUACAGAAACGUUCACAUCACUUUAAGAAACAGUUAACUCAUGCUCUGAAGAAAGCUGUUGGGUUUGAGCGUCAAAAACUUGCUCGAAGAAUUAAAAGUGCUAGAGAGCAGCAAGAGAAUGAUAAAGUUGCUAGAUAUGAGAAAGAGCUCGACUUUUCGAAAAAGUAUGAUUUUUCUAAACUUACAGAAUUUUGCUUCUACCGUAAAGUCCUACGUAACAAAGAAUAUCGAAGUUUGCUUGACGAGCAUAAAGUGGUGGAGUUUCCUUCAGAUAUUACUAAUGACGAGGAGAAGAAUGUUAUUGCACGCUUACUGAAUUCAAAUCCUGUCACGGAAUCCGUCAACGCUACCUGUCGUCUUCUUGAUAAAUGCAUCGUGAUGAAUAAUCCGGAGGCGGAUACCCAACCUAGAGAUCAAAGUUUAUCAUCAAAGGCCGAACCUGAAUUACAUCCUGAUCGUCUUCGUCAAAAUCCGUCGUUGAACUCUGACAAGUCAGAGACUGAAAUUAAAGCACUUCAACAAACUAAACCUCAGCAUGAAGUGACUACUGAAUCUAAUAGUUCUUCAGAAAUCAAUUCUUCUAUUGAUCAAUCUCAUGAAGAUAAUGUCAAACUUGAGAAUCGUGACAUCUCACCAGAGGAGGGUGUUGAUGUUGAUUCCCGAAGAGAGGCAGCUACGAACGAGAACGAGAACGAUGAAGAAGAUGAAAUGUUCACCAUUCCGGCUACGAAAUCAUCUACUUCUAAUCUUCCAGAGCUUGCUGCUGGCUUCCUUGACCCGUUAGGUGAGGACGAUGAAUUUGUUCAGAAAGAAAUGGACGAAAUGGAUCGCCCCAAAAGAAAGAAUCGUCGUGGACAGCGUGCUAGGCAAGCUAUAUGGGAGAAAAAGUUUGGAAAAACAGCUAACCACGUUGUUAAAAAGAGAGAACAAGAACAAUUAGAAAGAGAGGAACGUCAACGUAAGUUCGAGGAGCGUGAAGCUAAGCGUGCACGAAAAGCUGCUAUGGCGCAACAGGAUUCUAAAACUUCGCAAGCAGAAAAACUUCAUCCAUCGUGGGAAGCUAGGAAAAAACAAAAAUUGCAGCCAGCAGGUCCAUUUCAAGGAAAGAAAAUUGUUUUUGACUGAAUGUAUAGAAACACUGCUUUUGGUUUUGUUGAUGUGAUGCAUAAAACAUUACAAUCGGUGAUUAUAUAAAAAAAAGCAUCCUUGGGGUUCAAUUAGGAUGUAUAUAUAUGGUUUUGAUGGCUAUUUCAUAUGAUAUCCAAAUAAUUUCAAUACAUAAUAUUCAUAAACCUUUGUAAGCCUAACUAACGCGAACCAUAAAUCAUAUUUUUAUUAGAGCAUUAUAGUGCAAAGUAUUGAACGUUA